GUGCAAAUCACACCUGCCUGAGCUGGGGCUGGAUGGGACAGAGCUCUGACAGGGAGAGAGAGCCCUGGCACACCGGAGUGGGAGAGAAACAGGGAGAGAAAAAAGGUGUCAAACAAGAGAAAUAAGAAGAAUGUGUGAGUUUAUUAAAGAUAUUUUAGAUGGUGGCUGAGUGUAGAAUUUUCCGCGUUAAUUGGUGUGGGAUUUAUAAAUCAGCUUUUCUAUUGACUCUGUCAGAGGGUGCUCCUGAGGCCGUGCAAGUGUUGUACCUUUAAAAGGGGGAGAAGGUGAAAGGAUGAGGGGAAAUGAUACCAAUUUGGAAGUUUCCAUCAAACAUGCUCAGCUGCAGUUUUCUAAGCCUCAUCGCCGAGGGAUCCCUCUGUAUCUCAUGGGUCAGGGAUUAAAAACAGAAUGAUUGAGGAGAGUGGGAAGAGGAGGAGGACCAUGGCAGAGAAGAGGCAGCUGUUCAUGGAAAUGAGAGCCCAGAACUUCGACGUGAUCCGGCUCUCCACGUACAGAACCGCCUGCAAGCUGCGCUUCGUGCAGAAGAGAUGCAACCUUCACCUCGUUGAUAUCUGGAAUAUGAUUGAAGCCUUCCGAGACAACGGCCUUAACACUUUGGAUCAUAACACGGAGAUCAACGUGUCCCGCCUGGAAACAAUCAUUUCAUCCAUCUACUACCAGCUGAACAAGCGCCUUCCUUCUACUCACCAGAUCAGUGUGGAGCAGUCCAUCAGCCUCCUCCUCAACUUCAUGAUAGCAGCGUAUGACAGCGAGGGCCACGGGAAGCUGACGGUGUUCUCGGUGAAAGCCAUGCUGGCCACCAUGUGCGGGGGGAAGAUCCUGGACAAGCUCAGAUAUAUUUUCUCUCAGAUCUCAGAUUCCAACGGGCUGAUGAUUUUCAGCAAGUUCGAUCAGUUCCUGAGGGAAGUCCUGAAGCUGCCCACGGCCGUGUUCGAGGGCCCUUCCUUCGGCUACACGGAGCACUCGGUGCGCACCUGCUUCCCCCAGCAGAAGAAGGUCAUGCUGAACAUGUUCCUGGACACGCUGAUGGCUGACCCCCCUCCCCAGUGCCUUGUGUGGCUGCCCCUCAUGCACAGGCUCGCCCAUGUUGAAAAUGUCUUCCACCCCGUGGAGUGCUCGUACUGCCACUGUGAGAGCAUGAUGGGCUUUCGGUACCGGUGCCAGCAGUGCCACAACUACCAGCUCUGCCAGAACUGCUUCUGGCGCGGCCACGCCAGCGGCCCCCACAGCAACCAGCACCAGAUGAAGGAGCACUCGUCCUGGAAAUCCCCGGCGAAGAAGCUGAGCCACGCCAUCAGCAAAUCCCUGGGCUGUGUGCCCAGCAGGGAGCCGCCCCGGCCGCUGUUCCCCGAGCAGCCCGAGAAGCCCCUGGACCUGGCCCACAUCGUCCCCCCCCGGCCCGUGAGUAACAUGAACGAGGCCAUGGUGACCCACGUGUCCUCCGGAGCGCCCACGCCAACCAAAAGGUGCCAGCGCAGCAGCCCCGACCCCGCCCGCGACGAGCACGCCCUGAUUGCCACCUUUGUGAGGCACCUGCGGAGCGGGGCACGUGUCCUGGACAGCCCGGGCCGGCUGGACGAGGAGCACCGGCUCAUCGCCCGCUACGCCGCGCGCUUGGCCGCCGAGGCCGGCAGUGCCCCCCGGCCGCCGGCAGACCUGGCCUUCAGCUUCGACGCCAACAAGCAGCAGAGGCAGCUGAUCGCGGAGCUGGAGAACAAGAACAGGGAGAUCCUGCAGGAGAUUCAGCGGCUCCGGCUGGAACAUGAACAGGCCUCUCAGCCCACCCCCGAGAAGGCCCAGCAGAACCCGACCCUGCUGGCUGAGCUCAGGCUCCUGCGGCAGAGGAAGGAUGAGCUGGAGCAGAGGAUGUCAGCACUUCAGGAGAGCAGAAGAGAACUGAUGGUGCAGCUGGAAGGGCUGAUGAAGCUGCUCAAAGAAGAAGAGCAAAAGCAGGCAGCGCAGGCAGCGGGCUCGGCCCAGCCCUCGCCCACCCACGGCCGCCCCCCGCCCGUGCCCGUCCGGUCGGCCUCGGCCGGCUCCACACCCACGCACGGACCCCAGGACACCCUCACCGGACUCGGGGGCGACGUGCAGGAGGCCUUCACACAAGGUACGAGGAGGAACCUCCGCAACGACCUGCUGGUAGCAGCUGAUUCCAUCACCAACACCAUGUCCUCGCUGGUGAAGGAGCUCCACUCAGCAGAGGAAGAAGAUGAAAAAGAAACAGAGAAGCUGCAGAAUGGGAAGGACCGAGGUUAGGAGAGGGCCACAGGCUGGACAGCGACUCAGGCUCCGAGGUUGCGCUUGCGAUCGAGGGACGUCUCCCCCCUUCGGAAGAGGCAGUUCCAGCCCAUCCAUCACCAUCGUGCAACUGUGACUGAUCUCCACCACCUGCUGCCGACACAGCUCUCCCAAAACCACCUGGGGAGCUCUCCCGAGACACCCGGAGGACUCUCCGCAGGCACUGCCCCUUAGGCCAUUGCAUGUACCCUCGGUGUGUUUCCUAACGGUGACCAGACCAUUCCCACUGGCUCGGCGAGUCAUGGGAGGCUUAAAAAACAAAAAAAAACCUGAAAGGAAACUGCUGGUGGCUGUUCCCGCUCCGUGUGCUGCUCCAUUCCAGUCUCCUCCCGAACAGUGCCACUGUCACGCCCCACUCUGGUCAUUCCUCCUGGCUUCUGGCCCUCCCUGUGCAUGGAACAAGGGGUGCAGGCCCUCCCAGGGUCCCUCCUGCACGGCACGAAGGGGAUUCAGCCUUUAAAAACCCACCCGGAGUCAGGUGUGAGGGCAUGUCCUCGGGGGUGGGCGGUGGGGUGCAGGUGACGGGGCCGUGAUGGGCUACCAACCUCUGGCAUUCCCAGCCCUGCUCUUAAAACGUUCCCAUCCCAAGCAGGGAAUUGAGGGAGGAGCAUGGCCAGGCUGAGAGGAGCAUCAGCAUCGGGAGUUGGGCUCAGCUUUGGUGGAAAUGGGGGAAAUAAGGGAGCGGGGGAUGGCAGCUCCCCCCGGCCCACUCUGGGCUCCGUCGCCACUCCCAAAACGUGGCCACCGGUCCCAGCCAUGGGCGGCUCCAGCACUUCUGCCCCGUGGUGCUCAGGAAUGUUACUUUUAGAGGAAGGAGCCGAGGGCCCUGAUGCAUCUAUAAACGUUUAUGGAGGGUGAUGGGUGAAGGGAGCGAGGAACCCUGCGAGCACCCCCGGCCCUGCCCCCUGCCCGCACCCCCGGGAACCGGGAACGCGCUCACCGGCUCCCUCCGGCCGCGGGACAGGGACAAUAAACACCCUGGUGGCCACA